AUGGGUGAAGUCGUCGGGACCCUGCACCGCUGGUAUCGCGGGACCUUGUACCAGGCUGUGGCGCUGGGUUUGAUCAGUUUCACGCAGCCGGGUAUUUGGGAUGCGUUGAAUAGUCUGGGUGCUGGCGGUCUCGCGACGCCGUAUUUCGUCAACGCCUCGAAUGUUAUCACGUAUGUCAUUAUGAUCGUUACUUGUCCGCUCUUCGCCGUCGCUGGGAAUCGAUUCAGUUUGAAAUGGGUGUUAGUUGGAGGGACGAUCGGCUACGUGCCUUAUUUUGCCGCGUUAUACUGUAACAGUGUCUUUGGGACGCAGUGGUUCUUGCUGUUCGGGUCGGUGCUGUGCGGUUUCUCGGCCGCUGCACUGUGGGUUUCCGAAGCUGCCAUUGCAGUUGGAUACCCCGAGAUCGAGAACAGAGGGACAUACAUCGGAAUCUGGAUGGCCCUCAACAAACUCGGCUCGAUCAUCGGAAACGCAAUUCAACUCGCUCUGAACAUCGACAAUUCCGCUAAAGGCAGCGUCAGCCCGAAAACCUACCUCGUGUUGAUCGGUCUCAGCUGCGCCGGUCUUCCACUCGCUCUGACGGUCGCGCCGGCACAUAAACUGAUCCGCAAAGACGGAAGCAAACCGACCUUCAGCACCGACAAAGAGCACGUCUCAAUCAAGGAUGGAUUCAAGGGUCUGUGGAAAGCAUCGAAACAAAAGUACAUGCUCAUGUUGCUGCCCAUUUUUAUUACCGUGCGCUGGAGUCAGACGUACCAGGGGAACUAUCUGACCGAGUACUUCUCUGUCCGAGGCCGUACCUUGGCCGGGUUCAUUCAGACGGUUGUGGGCAUCAUCGCGACGCUACUGUGGGGUUAG